AACCCAUCCCUCAGAAGCCGCAGCUACGCGGGGCUUCCUGGAGCAACCGGGAGGGCUGUGUCGGAAUUUGGGUGCUGCACUCACCAGUGAUGUCUAGUUCCUAGGUGCAGAAGAGAGAGACGGAGACGGUGCUUACGAGCCUGGGAUUCCUGCGGAGAGAAACUGGUGCACGCUCGGGUUGCGUCGAGGGCCUACCACAGAGCCUCCACCCUGCAGCCUCACCAAAGGCCCAAAGGCCCACGAGCGGAAAAGUCAUUCCGAUCGGGUCUUGGCGUCGGGGACUGUCUGCGCCGCGGACGCGGAAAAACAGAGGAAGACAGAGUUCGCCGGAACCCCUAGCUGCCUGUUCUCGUAGGCCGAGGUGGAGCGAAGGCUCCAUUCUGGGGCAGCGUCGGCCCAUCACACCACGCUCCUCGUGCUUUGGAGAAGACCUCCUACCUCCCUCAAACUCGAGGUCCCAACACUGCAGAAGCUCACACUGCGUCCACUUGAAGAACCACCCCGAAAGUCAGAAAAGUGUUACAUGUAGACACAUGUGGCCCCCUUGCCCGGAUGUUUGACCUACAGCAGGAGCUGGCUGGCUACCUUCAGGUUGGACGUGGAUGGACCCAGCCUGGGAUGGAUCCCAGGGAUCUCGACCAGGCACAGCUAGUAUCCGGGUACGGGAGCUGAGCUGGCAGGGCCUAAACAACCCCCACCCACAAAACAAGAGACUGGGCAGUCAUGGGGAUAUCCAUAGGGAGCGGCGGGUGGAGGAGCACCUAUCCCCUGCUCGACUGCAGGCCCUGGCCCAGGUAGAUGACCUCCAACUGGUGAGGGUGCUGGAGAUGUGUGUGGACACCCGUAAGAACAGCCUGGGGAACUUCGGAUUGCACCUUCCUAACCUGAUCCAGCUGAAGCUGAACCACAGCUACCUGGGCUCCCUCAGAGACCUGGGCACUUCUCUUGGCCACCUGCAGGUACUGUGGCUGGCUCGCUGUGGCCUGACUGACUUGGAUGGCAUUGGCUCCUUCUUGGCACUGAAGGAACUUUAUGUCUCCUACAACAACAUCUCGGACCUGAGCCCACUGUGCCUGCUCGAGCAGCUGGAGGUGCUGGACCUUGAGGGCAACAAUGUGGAGGACCUGGGACAGAUGCGGUACCUGCAGCUGUGCCCACACUUGGCCACGCUCACACUGGAGGGAAAUAUGGUGUGCUUGAAGCCAGACCCUGACCCUUCCAACAAGGCACCCCAAGACUACAACUACAGAGCAGAGGUAAAGAAGCUCAUCCCCCAGCUCCAUAUUCUAGAUGAGGUACCCACCACAUGUACCAACUUGCCUGCUCCCCAGAAGCUGAGCCAGGACUGGCUGAUGGUGAAGGAAGCCAUCAAGGAAGGCAGCGUGCUUGACAUUCUCCUCCCUCGGCUGGAUUGUCCCCAUGGAGCCACCAUUCGGAAACUUGACCCAACCUUGUCUGUGCCUGAGACCCAGCCAUGGGCCUUGUCCCUGCUGGUUCCUGGAGACCCUUUGCCUGAUGGUCUGCUUUCUGAGAACCCAGCCACAGAAGACGAUGCCAGCAACCUCACCCAUGGUCCUGGUCAAGUUCUCUGUGGGAACCCCACCAAAGGCCUUCGGGAACGUAGAAACCAGUACCAGGAAUGGGCACCCCUGGAACAGCUGCCCCCACAUAGGCCAGAACUGGCCAUCAGACCCUUCACCCCAAGGCCUGACCCUGCAGAAAGCUGUGACCUGGCCAUGACUGGGCUUCGGGCCUGGAGGGAGCCUGGCCUGCGUUCUCUUCUCCAAAGACAGCUGGAGUUCCAGCAGGAAAGACCUGCCCAGGUCCAAGUCCAGGACCCACAGAAGGAUCCUGUAGAACAGGAAGACCAGACUGGACCCAAGACUUCCCUAACCCCGCCACGCCUGGUCUCAGACUACCUGGUGCUUGGGGCAGUGGGCAAGAAGAGGGCCUUGAGAGGAUCAACAGCUGGCCACCCAGUGGACAAGAACUGCACAGAACUUUCCAGGACAUCAGGCUUUCACUUGAUCCCUUCUCCCCCAAAGUACCCAAUGCCACCUGAGUCAGGCAUCAGCUCCUUGGGGAGAUCUGCAGACCUGCCCUUCAGAGGACGUAGGCUUAGAGUCCUGGGCAGCUUGGGGCCUAGCCUGGGUGAGGGGUCUGUCCUGGGUGAGAGAUUGGCUGCAGUGACUGCCUUGAGAGCCCUGGAGGUGUCCUCAGGCCCCAGCCAUCGAGCCCAGGGAUGUCCAGACCCAAAGCCAGCACUAGGUCCAGCAGCUUGCCCUCCAGGGCUCCACUGCCUUCAUCACCUGAACCCUAUCCCUCCAGCCCAUUCUCUCCCUUAGUGUAGCCCUCACUUGCUGAUAUCUCUUGGCCUAGGUGGGGCCACAGUGAAGUGGGUGAAGCUGGGGCUGGACCCUUUAGAUAUCCCAGGACUCUGGGUCAUCUAUAUGGCCCAAGUUCUGAGCCUACUUAUCCUAGAGUUCAAAAUUGCACAACCAUCCUGGGAAGAUUUGCAGGUUUCCUUAUGUGGGGCAGUUCCUUUCUCUUGGGACAACAUAUACCCUCUGUAAAAGCCAAGCGAAUCAUUUUCAACUCUCAGGUAUGCAGAAAUGUGCUUUACUUUGUAAGCAGUGGUUGCUUUACUUUGUAAGCAAUGGUUGGUUCAAUAAAUUAUGAAACUGGCA